CUUAGAGAGGAGUCUGUACUCCAUGGUCAAUUCGCUCGACUGUCAUCAUCGAGGGUUGACGAAGAUGCGGUUGACGCGUUCUGUCGAUCCCGUCAUCUUCUUGAAGUGAAUUGAGCCGGUUGCUGAGAAGUUGCGGAAUCAUGUGGCCGAUGCGGCUGGAGAUGACUCGUGAUGAGUGCAGAAAGUGUUUACGAUACCUCGAAUUAGAUGCUUAUGGAAGUAUAAUUUCUGUCUUACGUGCUCAAGGCCCUUUUACCAGUGAAAAGCAGAAGUUGUUGCAGGAAAUUGCUAAAAUGUUAAAUAUCUCUAAUGAAAGGCAUCGUGCUGAAGUACGAAGAGCUGUGAAUGAUGAGAAACUAGCCACAAUUGCUGAACAACUUAAUGGCCCAAAUACUGGUACAGAUUGGACCAUCGAAGGUCGUCGAACUAUUCCUCUUUUGCCAAGAUUAAAAGCACGGUCGACGUUUACUACGCUAGCAAAUAGUUUGUCUCUUGCAGCUGCAGUUGCAAACACGAGAAAUCCUGAUAGGCGUAUUACUUCUGGACUAUCCGAAAACUUCACAGCUGCUGAAAGUGAAUCUCAACCCGAAGUAAAAACAGAGGAAGACUUACCAGUUGAUUCAAAAUUAUGUAACCUUAGAAAUAUAACUUUAGAACCUGAUGACAGCAAAACGUUGAAAGAAAGUUUAAAUUCAAUCGAAGACGAGAAGAUGGUAGAUAAUAAAGAUAUAGACGAAAAGGUUACUGAAAAAGUUACUGAGGUGCCUAAAGUAUCGGAACGUCUCGGGAAACGUAAAUCUCCUUCGCCGCUACCAACAGCACUGCCGAACAAAGUUCUGGUGCUAUCGUCGGAUUCGCCAGAGACACUAAACCACACUGUCACAGACAAAACGACGUCCGAGAACGACGUUCAAGAGUCACAGGUGAUCACACAUCACCAAAAUGUUAAAAUAAUUCCAUUAACCAUUGAGAUCUCAGGUUCUAAGGAGAGCGAAGUAUCGGGAAGCACAGGCAAUCGACCCUUAGUUCCAGCAAACAAGCAAACUAGUACAAUAAUUUCCGCAUGCCCAAGCAACGCCAACAAGCCUAAGACGAUAGUAAACUUCGUGCAGAACAAACUUAGUACAAAGAUAACGCCGAUUACGUCGAGUGAUGCAUCGAACGCGACGUCAAACAAAGUGCAGACAGAAAAUGCAGAGACACAAUCUCAGGAUAACGCAAUUGACACGCAAAAAACUCAAAAAUCUGAGAGCACAAGCUCGAGUCUGUCUUGCAUAAAGCGAGUGCCACCUAUCAUACACACUAAUAUAAACCCCAUAGUGUCUAAAUCAGUUAUAUCAAGCAAUGCACAUCGAGUUAUGGCUGUACAUCCUGGCACUACAGUGUCGAGCGGCCCUGGGCCACCUCAAGUCAAGCAAGCUACCCCAUUAUUAACAUAUAAAAAAUGGCCAUCUGAACAAAAUGCGACUUUCAGUCCGCAAUCUACUGCCAAAAUGAGUGUUACGAUAAAUUCCGCAAAAGCUGUAAAUAUACCUCAUCAUUCUAACACUAAAUUAACUGCUAAGACUAACGUGAUCGUUAUCCAGAAGGGUCAUGCAAAGGGCGUAACAUUAUCGCAUGCAGGCAAGGAAGUAUUAGGAAAGGUAAUAAUGGGGGGAAAGAAUCUAUGUGUUGCAAGUCAACACAACGCGAGCUCGGUUAGUGUUCUACCACAUCACGUCUCUUUAAACGGAGAUCAAACAACGACCACGUUGCCGACUGCAAACCCUCCGAAUGCAGAAUCUGUCAAAACGAACAUAAAGCCUGGAAACACGAUCGUGUUCAAUGUGCGACAGGACGUUUUCGAGAAGAAAAAAAUUCUCUCGCAACACCUCGACUCUUCCGGCGUUCUUAAUUCAGAACCUAAGACUGUGAUACAAAGCAGGUAUACGCGUCUUUUAACGGAAGAUUCCAACAGUGACACAAACACCACGAUAAACAAGGAAUCUUCUCCAAAGACGGACUCCGUGAUCAUUUCCACGGAGGAAGAACAACAUAGCAAGAAUGAAGAUGUUAACGCGAGCAUGACUUCUCAAGUAGUAAAUUCUUUAGGUUCUUCGAUAAUGCCAGAAGUCAAAGAAAUAUUAGUCAAGUCGACGCAACUCACCAGUGUACAAGAUAAUGCUGAUAACGAUACACGGACACGAAAAUCCAACGAGGAUGCGGACAUGUUCGAUGCGACGUUAGAAGUGAAGGAUACGAACUCGGAAAGUCUCCAGCACGUGGAGACAGUGACCGUAAAUCAUGUGGACGAGCAUGAUAACUCGUAACGACUAAGAAGUGUCGAUGUUACGCGUGUCGUGAUCAUCGUCGUACGGCGGCAAGGCUGAUACUUUCGUCUCGAAAGCGUACUGAUAUAUAUAUUUUACGUAAAUAUAAAUACAUGCGUAUGUUUCUAUUUAUAUACGUCUAUUUUAACGAAAUUUACAUACAUACAUGCCUACGUUUGCUCCUUGAAUAAUUCGAUGAUUUCAAGAGAAACCGUAAUGACUUCAAUCCCAAGCCUCAUUAUUACUUUGUAGCACGAGCGAGGCGAGUUGAUCAUUUGUAAAAAUGAGGUUUUGACACCAAAAUUCAAUCAUACUGAUUGACGCUAGUACUAUGUAAGUGCCAAAUCGCAAUUUGUGCCGUUGUUAUAAUUUAUACUCUCAUAAAAUGAAAAUAACCAUGACACGCGUCGCGCAUUCAUUGAAUUUCUCGUAAUUCCAGCUCGCAAAACGUAAAUUGUCCAUCGUUCCUAAGUCAACGUUUUUGAUUCUACUUUAUAAUGUCACUUUCCUUUUCUAUUAGUUUAGGAGAGAAUUGCAAGCCGGAAUUGUGUCAAAAUGCAUUUAACGUUAAAUGUGACUCUCCGCGUACCAAUCAGCAUCGAAUGUGUUUCUCGUGUUUUACGAACGAAUAGCAGGCAGCUUCUACCCAACAUGCAUGUAGCUCUUAGAUUUGUUUUUUAAUUUAAUAUCAAAUCACGAGUCUUGCAGCUACGUGUAACGUUGUAGAACGUAGCGUAAGCCAAAAUAUUUAACACGUUACGUAGCGAGAAGAGAAGUAACCAGACGUGUCAAGUUUCACGCACAUUCGAAAAUUGUUUCGUACUUCUGCCUGUGAAUAGCGUAACACUUGGAAAUGUGUAAGACUAAACGUUUCUGUAAAUGUGAUAUUAUGAUAUUAAGUACUAGAAGUUUGGUUCUAUGAAUCUGUCACUUGCUCAUACUUAUUACUAUCGCAGCGACAUUGUAAAUAUUUUGUAAAUACACAGAACUUGGGCUAUUGUAAGAGAUGUACGUUUCAGAGUGGAUGCAGGUAAAUUUGCACACACACACAUAUGUGUGUGUGUGUGUGUGUGUGUACAUAUAUAUACAUGUAUUGUUGUAUGUACAUAUAUUAUAUAUUCAUAUAUGUACAUACAACAUAUAUAUAUAUAUUAUUAUAUAUAUAUUAUUAUUAUAUAUACAUAUUAUAUAUUCAUAUAUGUACAUAUAAUAAUUUUUCCACUCUAUCGCCAUUCAUAAAGCAUGAGUGUUAAUAGAGACUCGAGAUAUUUUGUCGUUGUAAGUACCGCGUUUCUCUCUCUUGCUCUCUUUUUUUUAAGUAAAACUUGCUCGCAUAAAACGAGCCAGCAAUCUGUUCUCUAUUAAAGAGCAUAAUUAGAUUUAACAGGGAAAGAAUAUAUUUUUUCAUAUAAGCGAAGUGACACUGCCCUUCGAUUCGCAAUUGCGGUGCUCUAUUACUCCGAUUUUUUACUGUAACCGUGCAUCUACGCAGAAUUUCUGCCAAAUUGCCAAGAUACCUUCGCCUAAAAUGCUGUAAUUUAUAAACAGCUGUUUCAUGCGAUCGUGAUUUUCGCCUCAAUAAAUGAGAACUAGAUCACUGAUUAUUUGUUUAAUCGAGCAUAUUGUAUAUAUGUAUUGUGAGCGUCUUGAAUAUGCCAUAUCUUCCAUCUGUAAAAUUUUAGUACUACUUUCUCGUGUACGAAUAAUUCUCAAACAAAAUAGCGAAUGCUCUAAUAAAUUAAAUUACCAAUUUUUUAA